AUGCCCAAGACUCACGAGGAAGCCGAGAAUGCCGCUGCGGAGGCUGCCCGUACUGCAGUAGGCGACGGCGACUAUAUGCAGGGGUGGAUUGAUCGGAUGGACAUGCUGUUGGGCGUCACGCCCGAGAGUGCUGCCGCGGACGCUGCCGAAUGUGCGACUGAAGAGCAGCGCGAAGCCGCGGAGCUGGCGUGGCUUGCUAGCACGGAGUACGUUGAGAGUGCUGUUGCUAGACGUGCUGCUGGAAGGGCAAGCGUGGAUGAUGAAGAAGUGAUGUACGAGGCGACGCACACAAUGACGAAGGAGAUGAUUGCGCAAGAAGCUUUCGCUGAGGCUGGCCAAGGUAACAAGCCAGAGGAAUGCAACCAGAAUGUCGAGCUUCGCGAGUUGGAGCAGCAUGCAACCGAGGUCAGGGCGAUCAAGAAACAACAGGCGGCCGAAGUCAUGGGGAUCAACCAAGAGCAUGCUGCCGAAAACAAAAGGCUCGCUGAUGAGAUUCAUGAAGCGAACAAGUUGUUGCGUUUCCUGGCCACCGACUACGACUCGAAGCACAUUUUCCGCAGCGCCCAAGUUCUCAGUAGCGAGUUCGGUCUCCUCCAUCACUGCAAAGCAACGAGCAAAUUCGGAGCUCAAGCCACACUGAUGCAAGCCCUACUUGAAGAUGAACAAUUCUUGCGGCAGUUGAAGACUAAGCUCGGCUUGUCGUCAACGUCUCGACCGACAGUCCGCGCCGGUAAGCGAAGUCUCAUCUUCGAGGACGAAGAAGUGGAUGAAAACGACGCCCGGCAAGUUGAUCUGAAUGACGAGAUCGCGGCUGUGAUGGGGGAAGGCAUGGUCGCUGAGAUGGCGAGCUCUAGCUUCAACUGCUGCAGCAGGCCAGAGCGAAAGCCGCCCAGCAUGCCCAUCGCCGUCGCUGCGCACACGGAGGGCCCUCGCUCGAGCUUCAUCAACCAGGCCAGCCAAGCCACACCCGUCGGCAUGCUGGACCCCGCCGAUUGCUCCCCGUACGAGCCACCCGAGUUUAUUCCCGAGUUGCGCGCGCACUUCGUGCCACGUCCAGCAGAGGACCUGCAGGAGAAGAAGAUGCAGUGGGCCGAGUUCCUACGCGCACAGAAGGCGGCCGGCACUCCCAGCGCUGUCAUCCAACGCGGGGCUGUGGCCAAGAACGAGAGUGAAGUGGCCGACGACAUGUUCGAGCCCGAUCCGAGUCAGCAGAGCGAGACCAAGGAGCAGCGCGAGGCCCCCGCUCUACUCUGUGCCCGCAACAACAACCUCGAAGGCCUCGAGCUGGCGCUGGACCGGGGCGUGGACGUGAACAUGCGUGACAACCACGGCAACACGCUGUUCAUCCUCGACGACGCAGACGCCGCCGCCGACGCCAACAAGCCAAGUCGACGACCCCCGUACUCGCCCGCGACCGCGUCGUCGCCGCCGUGUGCCCACUGA